AUGGGACGAGUAGAAGUAUAUUGUAAUGGACAGUGGGGAACAAUAUGUGAUGAUGGGUUCAGUUCAACUGAUGCUAGAACUGUCUGCAAACAGUUAGGAUACAGUAGCUAUUACAGAUAUGACCAUUUGUCUCUGCCUGGCAGUUACAAUAAACCAAUAUGGUCUACUCAUUUUUCAAGCACUUCAUCAAGUACUUGCUUCAAUUCAAGGAAUUCUUGUCCCAGUUCCAGUAUUACAUCAUGCACACAUUCAGAAGAUGUCACUGUAACUUGCUCAUAUUCUUCAUCAUCAACAAGUGUAUCAACUGUAGGAUACUGCAACAGCAAUAUUACAACUACUAGAUCUAAUCAUGCUUCAGUUGUUGGAGGAGCUAUUGGUGGUACAUUCGGUGCCAUUAUUCUAAUUAUAAUAACAGCAGUGAUCUUUGUUUUUUUCUAUACUCGUGCUAAAAAACGAGGUUACAGAAGGAUGAUACCCGUCAGGUCCACAGCUCAGAGAAAUGUUGCUUCUAACAACAGAUCCAAUAUUCAAUUAAAUACUAUACCUACAAGGUCACAAACAUGGCAGCAACCGCCUCAAUACACUGCAUCACCUACUGCACCACUAACAUUUCCUCCUAAUGCUACUUCUCAUGGAGGAUAUUAUUUUUAUGUUCCACAAAACAUGGCAAUACCUUCAUCAGCUCAAUUUUAUCCAUAUCCUGUUGCCACUUUACAACAAACUCCCAGAGAUCAUGAUGAAGGAGAGACAUCAGAAGCAGAUGCUGAUCCCAUUUGUGAGGCAGAGCCCCCUCGAUAUGAUACAAUUUUUGAAAAUGCUGAAUUGUAACAGUAUUUGAUAUAAUAUAAGUAUAUUUACAAAACAUUUUGU